AGACUGGCCAAGGCAGACCUGUUACACUUGCCUGAGUUAGGCAUUGUUUGCCAUGCCACUAAACCUGCCGUCAAGUGAAACCUUCAUUGGGGAAAUGAGAUCGGAGUCUGAACCGCAGAAGAUGGACGCCCUGUCUCUGUUUUUUAUUGUUUUACUUUAAUUUCGUUUUAUUUAUUUUGUCCCUUUUUUUGUUUUUGUUUUGUUUUUGUUUUGUUAAAUCUCUUUCACUUUAACUUGUGAGCUGGUUUCCAGUUCUUUCUAAAUGGUAUUCCAUUAAGGGUUCAUAACAUUGCCUUACAGAUUAUAUUGGGAGAUGAUUAGCAGAGCUCAACCUUAAGAUAAAAUCAGUUUUCACAGUAAAUUGGGAUACAGUGUCACGAAGCUCAAUGUGAGUCUUAACUGGUGUUUAUAGACUGAUAAGAACAUUUUGUUUUUGAAACACUAAAACACUGAUCAGAUUCUUAGGAACACUUUUGGUCUCAGUGCAACAUUUUUGCAGUUUUUCUUCCAGGUCUACAUCUCUCAUGAAAACCAACUGGUAGCUUUUAGUUUUUGUCCUUCCCCCUAGAAUUUUAGGCAUAGAAAAUCAUCAAGGAAAAUAAGUACAUUUUUAAUAAAAAUCUGAGGGUAGAGGACAAAAGGAGACUUUCACUUUUAUGAUAGUUAUUCAUUAUAGAAAAUAAUUUAUUUCCUUGACUUAUAAAGACUUUGUUUCCUAUGUGGGGAAUGGAUAUUUGAGAAACUGUUGAAUAUUUACUUUAGUGUGUGUUUCUCUUGAAUUUUUUGUUGAAAAAUUUUUAUAGUUACUAGCUUUUAAAUGGAUUCUGAGAUUAGGAUCACUAGUUUAAUACUGUGAGAGAUGUUGUUUUCCCUCUCAGUUGUCUUUGAGGAGUAUAGUUUGGGAAAAAUGCUAAAAUGCUUAUUUGUUUUAUGCUUUUAUACACUCUGAUAGUAUUUGGAGGGUAAAUUUGAUAGAAUUCUAUCUUGGACAUUAAGUGAUGGAACUGUUUUCUUUAAGUAUUUUUAAUGGUAAUUAGAAUGAGAAAACUAUAUUGCUUACAGUUAGACUUGAUAUUUAUAAUAGUUUGUUAUUACUGUUAGAAGCAGUGAGAGUCAGACAAUUUUACUGAUAGUUUUUUUAAGCCAAAAGUGAAAGACUUUAUAAUAUUAAGUAAUCAACUUUUGGCACAUGUUGAAUACCCUUUUUGUUUGUGUAGUUUUUCUGCACUGUAUUAUAUGGAUUGUUUUGCUUAUUUAAUUGACAGGUAAUGUUAAAUUGGGGACAUUAUUAGAUUGGAACUCCUAAUUUGCUUUUUAGGUGCAUAAAUUAGGGUAGUGAAGCAUAGAGUUUGUAUCUCAUGACCUCAGUUGGUUUUUCAAGAUGUGUUCAGGUUUUACAAACAUUUUAAGAAUAAUACCUAUUUAUCAUAAAACAUGUCUGAUAGCAGUGUAAAUAGUUUAGUAUAUGUGUGGGUAUACAGAUACAUGUGUUAAUACUAGUAACUAAUAAAUAUAAGACAAAUUAUUGUUUUUCUCAUGUCUUCAGUAAGGCCUACUUAGCUUUUAUUUGUCUUUAUGCAUGUUGAAAAAUCUGUGCUUAUGCAGAAUUUACACUGAAAUAAUAAAAUAACUUUGUUUUUGAAAUUAGUAAAUUAAGGAAGUGUGGACUUAGAUGUUGCAAAGCUUAGAAAAAAGUAGGCAUUUGCUAAAGCUAAUAAAAUGUAAUUUUUCUCUUCCUAUAAUAAGAUGUAACCAUUAUUUAAAGCAAGUUUUCAGAUCGUCUUGAAUUCCAUCCAUGUUUAAAGAUAUAUUCAGAUAAUAUUGUUUAGAGAUUUAUUCCUGCACAUCUGGUUGUUUUAAAUCAAAUUUUUACUGCUAAAACCUAGUGCAAUACUUUUGAAAAUUUACUCCAUAAGCUACUUUCAAUUUAGCGUGAUUUUGUACGCUGUGUUUUAAAUUACUUUUGAAGAAUUCAUAUGGAAAUAUGUAGCCAACUAGCACGUAAUUAUGAGUAGUUCUUUUAAAAUAGCUAUAUGUAGUCAACUUUUUAAUAUUUUUUUCUGACGGGGAAGAGAGAGGACCAGGAAAAAUGCAUGAAAGUUGCAGUCCUUAUCAAAAUUAAUUGCUUGGAAUUCAGUAAUUAAGUCUGGCAAAUUGAUGUACUUAUUUCAGAGUAAAUUUUUCAUUUUUUAGUCGUAGGGAUUUUUUCUUCUUAGCGUCUAAGAUUAUUUGAGUGUUAUUGUCAUUAUUGUUAUUAGGCAAUUGAGAUGUUUAUAAGCAAGACGUUUAGGUGUUAGCCACUGUUCUUCAGAUAAGUAUACAUAAAUUGAUGCUAAAAGUCAGUAGUUUAAGAAGUUUCCUGAGAGUAGGGAACUUUUUUUGUAAGUCAUUCUCAAAAAUUUUAAGUUUCCCAAGGCACAUUUGGAACUGGAUUUAGGCAUCUCCAGUGUUGGUGAGAUGCCUUAUUAAUUGAAUGGGUACAGGCUUCCUUUUAAAUUGAAGCUAAUUACAAGCAGUGGGCCUUUGUUUUUUUCUGUCUACUUGAAAUUGAAUGGAGUCUGAUGGAAGGGUAUCAAAAUGGUUCGCAUCACAAGUAGGUAGUUCAGUAACAGGAUAGGGGCACUCAGUAAGGAACAAAUUUCAAUUCGCACAUAUUUGUUUUUUCUUUUUCUUUUUUUUGACUAAUUUGGUUAUUUGCCAUUUCUGGGGAUUAAACUUUAAAAAAUGUUCUUCUUUUCUGUAUCUGAUGUUCUGUGUGCUAUUAGUGAUGCAGCCAACACGAACGGUUGUCAUGUGUAACACAACUUUCGAUCACCGCGAAAACACCGUCCUGGGAAAGCGUCCAUGCUUGAUAUCGUUUGGUUCAUGAACAUUAAGUUUCCAGUACAGGUAAAAUCCCAGAGGAAUCCAAAGCCCUCUCUUUAUUGGCUCCUGCUCCAACCAUGACAAGUCUGAUGCCUGGUGCAGGCUUGCUCCCCAUACCGACCCCCAAUCCCUUGACUACACUGGGUGUUUCCCUUAGUAGUUUGGGGGCUAUACCGGCAGCAGCACUAGAUCCCAACAUCGCAACACUUGGAGAGAUCCCACAGCCGCCGCUCAUGGGAAAUGUGGACCCUUCCAAGAUCGACGAGAUUAGGAGAACAGUCUAUGUUGGCAAUUUGAAUUCCCAGACAACAACAGCUGAUCAGCUACUUGAAUUUUUUAAACAAGUUGGAGAAGUGAAGUUUGUGCGGAUGGCAGGUGAUGAGACUCAGCCAACUCGGUUUGCUUUUGUGGAAUUUGCAGACCAAAAUUCUGUACCAAGGGCCCUUGCUUUUAAUGGAGUUAUGUUUGGAGACAGGCCACUGAAAAUAAAUCACUCCAACAAUGCAAUAGUAAAACCCCCUGAGAUGACACCUCAGGCUGCAGCUAAGGAGUUAGAAGAAGUAAUGAAGCGAGUACGAGAGGCUCAGUCCUUUAUCUCAGCAGCUAUUGAACCAGAGUCUGGAAAGAGCAAUGAAAGAAAAGGCGGUCGAUCUCGUUCCCACACUCGUUCAAAAUCCAGGUCUAGCUCAAAAUCCCAUUCUAGAAGGAAAAGGUCACAGUCAAAACACAGGAGUAGAUCCCAUAAUAGAUCACGUUCAAGACAAAAAGACAGACGUAGGUCUAAGAGCCCACAUAGAAAACGCUCUAAAUCGAGGGAGAGACGGAAGUCAAGGAGUCGUUCGCGCUCACGGGACAAGAGAAAAGACACCCGAGAAAAGAUCAAGGAAAAGGAAAGAGUGAAAGAAAAAGAUAGAGAAAAGGAAAGGGAUAAAGAGAGAGACAGGGAAAAGGAACGUGAAAAAGAAAAGGAACGGGGUAAAAACAAAGAUAAAGACCGGGAAAAGGACAAGGACCGGGAUAAAGACAAGGAAAAGGACAGAGAGAGAGAGCGGGAAAAAGAGCAUGAAAAGGAGCGAGACAAAGAGAAGGAAAAGGAACAGGACAAAGAAAAGGACCGAGAAAAGGACAGAUCCAAAGAGAUAGAUGAGAAAAGAAAGAAGGAUAAAAAAUCCAGAACACCACCCAGAAGUUACAAUGCAUCAAGAAGAUCUCGUAGUUCCAGCAGGGAAAGGCGUAGGAGAAGGAGCAGGAGUUCUUCCAGGUCACCAAGAACAUCAAAAACCAUGAAAAGAAAGUCUUCUAGGUCUCCGUCCCCUAGGAGCAGAAAUAAGAAGGAUAAAAAGAGAGAAAAAGAAAGGGACCACAUCAGUGAAAGAAGAGAGAGAGAACGGUCAACCUCUACAAGAAAGAGUUCUAAUGACAGAGAUGGGAAGGAAAAGCUGGAGAAGAACAGCACUUCACUUAAAGAAAAGGAGCACAAUAAAGAACCAGAUUCAAGUGUGGGCAAAGAAGUAGAUGACAAGGAUGCACCAAGGACUGAGGAAAACAAAGUACAGCAAAAUGGGAGUUGUCAGCCAAAUGAAGAAAACCUCUCUACCAAAACAGAAGCAGUAUAGGACUGACAAAUGCACCUCUGAACACGCGCUGGAAUAAAAUCCAAAGCUUUUAAUUCUCUCAACAAGAUGUUAAACAGUGAAGAAAUCCAGAUGAGCAUAAAAAUAUGAACUGACAGCUUUUCUAGUUGUUAGGUGACUUUGUGGCCAUCUUGUUACUGAGUAAGAAAGUAAAGCAUGGACGUGAUGAAAAUAACAGAUGUUACCCAAACCCCUCACAUUCUAGAAUCUGUGCAUUUCCAUGGUGGCUGACACACUUGUUGUGUGGUUUGUUAGUGUUUGCCGAGAACCAUUACAAAGAAAUGGGACAGCAAAGAUUCAAAUUUGGAUUAUCCAUAAAGACUGAAGAUAAGCAUUGGAGGCUCUCUUUAAAAAAAUGCUAGUUACUGAAUUUUGUAUUGUUUUACCUUUUUUUCCCUAAAUUUCAAUAUAUACAGAUUGAUGGAUGAUGUGCUUGAAAUUGGUGCAAAUAUAUACACACUUGUAAGUGCAGAGUAUGUAAGAAGUUUUAACAUUUACUUCACAGGAUUUGUAGUGAUUGUGUUAAAUUCUCACUAUUGUGUUUUCUUUUGCUCACUGUUUAGGACAGCAGUUUUUCUUUAAAAUAGUUUUACAGAUUAAAAUUGCUUAAAUAAGUGGAUUAAAAAAACUGACAAUGCAUGCUACUGUUCUCUUUUAAAAGGAAGAGCAACUGUGUUGAAUACUAAUAAUAAUGUAUUAGUAUUCAGUGUUUAGAAUCAUUGGGUCUCCCCACAAAGUGAGCAUUUCUUUUGAACUUGACAUUUCCAAGCUUAUUAUGAAUAAUACUGCAGUGUGUAUUGUCAGCCGUAGGUGGCAAAAGUGCCACUAUAAAAAGAAAACUGGGUUUUCAAAAUGGGCUAUGGGAGCACAAGCUGAAGCUUUAGUGCCUUCUACAAUGUGGUAUACUGUUUUCUAGAAUUUUAUAUGUGGUAGUUACUCUCAAUUCAUAUGGAAUUUAGAUGGAUAUUCCAUUCACUCCCAAAGAGAAGUGUGCAAGUGGUAUGUCAGAAGAGCUUCUUACUUAGUUCACCCAAUAUGAGAGGGAAGUCCUAUUUUCAAGAGUGAUUUUAGAGCUUAAAACAACAAUGCAGUUUUGGGACCAUCAGUUUUAUACUGUGAUAAUUGAAAAUGAAGCAUGUUCUUAUUUUACUUAAAUCAAAGCAGACUCUUUAGUUGUCUACAUCGGAUGGCCUUAAUUAUUACCUCUCAAUCAUCUUCUCAUAAAUGAUGUGCAGAAAUUAUACUUAAAGGAGAAUACAUGAGGUGGUUUUAUGUUUAAGGGUAUGUUUACUUGAGUUUAAAAUACAGGUCAUCCGUCAUUCUUAGGCUCAAUUUUUGCAGAAAGUAUGCAAGUAGUAAAAUGACAACAUUGCUGAUAUUUUCCCCCAAAACCAUAACUCAUAGUGUCAGAACUCUUUCAUUGUUGUUAUAUUUCCAAAAAGUUAUACCUUUUAAUUAGCAUGUUAUUAAAAAAAAUCAAGUAUAAUUAUUUUAAUGCAAUCUAAUACAAUCAAAUUACUCAGUUGCCUUACCUCAUGGGAAGAGUUACUUAUAGAUUUAAAAAGCUGAGUAGCACAUCAGUUACUUGGUUUCAACUUGAGUUUUCUUUUAAUAUUAAUACUAUUGAAACUUAAGUAUUUGGUGGAGAAUGGAAAGAAUUGCCCUUAUUGCAAGUAAUGAAACCUGGUUUGAUUAUGAAGCUGCUUGAUUACUCUUCAUGUGUUCAGAAUUACUGUGUUUUUUUUUUCCUUUUUGUCACUGUACAUUAAAAGUUUUGAAAAUGCUUUACUAUGUAAAGUAUAGAUGGUCAUUUUAAUCAUUCAACCACAUACGGUUGGCUGGUAAACAGCUUAUUCUGAUACAAGAAUGCUUGGGUGCAUAUGGAAAGAUUGAAGGAGUGUGUGUCUUGCAUCAACAGCUGUCUUAUUUAUGAUAUGUAAGUAGAAUAGAGCAAAUGUUUGAAUCUUUGUUAUUUUUAGUACUGUUUCUCUAAUAAAGCUAAGUAUUUUAGAGGAAAGUAUUUGUUUAUGCAUUUCAAAACAGCAUCUUAGUUUUAUCUUGUUCUUGUUUUAGUUGGCAUAGAAAUUCUUUUGACAUGGAGAAUGCAUGUUUGUGUGGUGUCUAUAAAACAAUCAUUUAGAGUUUGAGUGUUUCCUUGUACUCUGGACUCUAUUAAAUGUUUUUUAUGUUGGUAGUUAACACAUUUAA